AUGCUGCGUCUCUCCGCCCGACGGCUUGUGAGCCUGUCGAGUCCAACGUCGCGGCUGCCGUCAUCACGACGGCUGCUGACAACAAGCCAUGUCCGGCCGCAGCAGCUCCCCGGUCAAGACGAGCGGACAACUCACUUUGGCUUCGAGACGAUAUCGGAAGCACAGAAGGAAGCCAGAGUUGGCGCCGUCUUCUCCUCAGUCGCCUCCUCCUACGACACCAUGAACGAUCUAAUGUCCCUGGGAAUCCACCGGCUCUGGAAAGAUUACUUCGUCCGCAGCCUCAACCCGGGCAGCCGGGACAGCGAGACAGGCUGGAGCAUUCUUGAUGUGGCUGGUGGAACGGGUGACAUUGCAUUCCGUAUGCUUGACCACGCGACGAAUGUGAACCUCGAUCUCAAAACGAGAGUGACCAUCGCGGACAUUAAUCCAGAUAUGCUGGCUGAAGGGCGAAAGAGAGCUCAGGAAACUCCGUACUGGAAUUCAGGACGACUGUCUUUUGUGCAAGGAAACGCCGAACAUAUGCCCGGUAUUGCGUCGAACUCGGUUGAUCUCUACACGGUCGCAUUUGGGAUUCGAAACUUCACCAACAAAGAUGCAGCUAUCCGCGAGGCCUUCAGAAUCCUCAAGCCCGGCGGCGUGUUUGCGUGUCUCGAGUUCAGCCAUGUCAACAGCUCGUUAUUCAAUGCUGUAUACAAGAGGUGGAGCUUCGGCGCCAUUCCUUUGAUAGGGCAGCUGGUCGCCGGAGACCGGGACAGCUACCAAUAUCUCGUGGAGAGUAUCGAACGGUUUCCUACGCAAGAAGAAUUCAAAGCCAUGAUUGAAGCUGCUGGCUUCAUUGCGCCGGGUAAAGGCUACGAGAAUCUGACAGGAGGCAUCGCAAGCAUACAUCGAGGAGUGAAGCCCCUCUGA